AUGCCUAAAUGUUUGUCAAUACAAAAACUCUUACAAGUGCGCCUAAGCACAUACCUAUGUAUAUCAUUGUGUAUUGUUGCAAUCAUCCAAUUUUUCGCUGCUUAUGGAUAUUAUAGAUAUGAUUAUUUGGCACAAAACAGUCUUGAUGACUGUCUGUAUAUACACACAAAUCCUAAUUGGGAGGUCCCACAGAAAUUUAGUGAAUUUUUACCCACUGGAAUCUUGAACGGCAGUUACAGCCCUGAGAGUUGUAAACCAUUGUUUAGUGUUGCUAUAUUAGUGACCUACAGAAAUAGACAAAGUCAACUAGAUAUAUUUAUUCCAUACAUACAUAACUUUUUGAGAAAACAAAAUAUACAUUACAAAAUAUAUGUAAUAGAACAGCGGGAUGAAAAGCCAUGGAACAAAGGAAUGCUAUACAACAUUGGAGCAAAACAAGCCAUCAUAGAUAAAUUCCCUUGCCUCAUACUCCAUGAUGUGGAUCUCUUACCAUUAGAUCUCAGCAAUUUAUACGUCUGCUUAAAGCAGCCAAGGCACAUGAGUGCUAGUAUAGACAAGUUUAGAUUUGUACUCAUAUACAAGUCGCUAGUUGGUGGUGUCUUGGCCAUCACAUCCGAACAGUACCAAGAACUGAAUGGUUUUUCAAACAGAUACCUAGGGUGGGGCGGUGAGGAUGAUGACUUUGCUGGACGAAUUGCAUCACAUAAUCUUGAAAUUUUAAGGUUCCCCCCGCACAUGUCGCGCUACACCAUGCUCGUGCACAAGCAGGAGAGCAAGAACGAGGACCGCCACCGCAUCAUGGCGGAGAACGCCAAGAACACACAGAAGGACGGCCUCAACUCUGUGCGCUACGACUUGAUCAGUGUCAACACUCAUCGCCUCUUCACCAUGAUCGCUGUCAACUUA